GCUAAAACUGCGGCUGCUACGUUUCUGUGUGCAUGUUAUCAGGAUCAGGACAGGGUUAAUAAUUGAUGGGAUACUCUUCCAUCACAAAUUUUGUUCAUCAUCAUCCAAAGCCGAGUCUUUUUUAAUCCAAAAUGUCUUGUGUAGGUUUCCUAGAGCCGAUUAUUGGAAGAAUAGGAGGAAAUGAGCCGGCUUUCCUGGACAUGAUGGCGUAUUUUAUGAUGUUCUGCGGGUUUCUUGCAGGAGCGGUAUUGUCAGCGGGUAUACGCACACCUUACGGCCGAUACACCAGUCCAAAGUUCGGCUGGGGAUUGGAGAGCCGCACCGCCUGGUUCAUUCAAGAGCUACCCUCGUUCGCUGUUCCAGUUCUCUUGAUUCUGUUUUGUAACAACCAGUACAGCUCGACUCUACCAAAUACUAUUCUUGUUGGCUAUUAUUUAGUGCAUUAUUUCCAAAGGACUUUUCUAUUUUCCCUGCUAAUACGUGGAGGGAAAGUGACACCGCUCGUCCCGUUUGUGCUAGCCACCAUCUUUUGCUGUUAUAAUGGUUUCAUGCAGGGUCGAUAUCUUACGCAGUAUGCUGUGUACAGCCAAGACUGGAUGAAGGACCCACGAUUCAUCUUAGGAUCACUUUUGUUCAUGACUGGGAUGGCAAUCAACAUUCAUUCUGACUACAUUCUGAGGAAUCUACGAAAACCUGGAGAGACGGGAUACAAAAUACCAUGUGGUGGCAUGUUUGACUAUGUCUCUGGAGCCAACUUCUUUGGUGAGAUAGUUGAAUGGAUCGGGUUUAGUAUAGCCUGCUGGUCUCUACAGGGUCUUGCAUUUGCAUUCUUCACUUUCUGUGUAGUCUCACCAAGAGCGUGGCAACAUCAUCUGUAUUAUCUAGAGAAGUUUGAGGACUAUCCCAAGUCCAGGAAAGCAGUCAUACCAUUCAUCCUCUGAAGAAGUCUGGUCUGAAGACUACAUCAAGUUUUCCACGUCAGCUGCAAUUCAUAAUGAAUAUAUUCUGCGUUCAGAGAAAAUAUAGUUACAAUCAAUGAGAAUCAUUAAUAUGCAGUAGAUGGGUUGUAUGGACCAUCAGAACAUGAACAACCAAACAAAAACAUCCUGGAUAUUGAUAUUGGUGAAAAGUAGGACACAGUAAUGACAUAGCAGUUAUAUGUAGGAUAAGGGUCCAAUUUGUAAGGAAAUAUUUAGCAGCGACGCAGCCAGCCAGCAAAAAUAGGGGGGUGGGGG